GAGGGCUGUCAGCUUUGGCUGCAGCCAAUCACAAGUCAUCUUUAGGCAUAUAGCUGAAGAGAGCAGGCUGUUGUGAAGUAGAGGGGGAAGAAAAGAGGAAGCCUAGGACUGCAUGAUGGCAUUCACAGUGGUGUCUGUCCUAGUUGCUGCCAUCCCUAUGGUCUACUGCUUUCCUACCGCCUUUCAGGACCUUGAGUUAGGCAGCAAAAACAGGACCUCCAUCAAGUUUUUGGCAGUGGGAGACUGGGGUGGAGUGCCUCAUCCACCCUACAUCACCCCUGUAGAGAAAGCUACAGCCCAGGAGAUGGGCAGGGUAGCAGAGCAGAUGGGAGCUGACUUUGUUCUGGCCCUUGGUGAUAACUUCUACUACAAAGGGGUGGACAGCGUGGACUCUCCCAGGUUUAAGACCACCUUUGAAAAUGUGUAUACAGCAAAGUCUCUGCAAAUCCCUUGGUAUGUGCUUGCUGGCAAUCAUGACCAUGCAGGGAAUGUCAAAGCCCAGAUUGAGUACAGCCACAGGUCUGACAGAUGGAACUUCCCUGCUUACUAUUAUGAGCUGAACUUCCACAUCCCCAAUACCCAGAGGACGCUGAGCAUCAUCAUGCUGGACACUGUGAUGCUGUGCGGCAACUCAGACGACUAUGUAGAUGAGAAGCCCAGAGGCCCGCUCGACGCAGUGAACGCCAACCGUCAGCUGACCUGGUUGCAGCAGAGGCUGGCUCAGUCAAAAGCAGACUAUCUGCUGGUGGCGGGCCACUACCCGGUGUGGUCUGUGUCCGAGCACGGCCCCACAGACUGCCUGUUGCAGAGGCUUCGCCCCCUCCUGGUGAAGUACAAGGCCACCUCCUACUUGUGUGGCCAUGACCACAAUCUGCAGUAUAUCGACGAGGGUGGUGUGGGUUAUGUGGUGAGCGGUGCUGGAAACUUCCUGGAUCCUGACGUCCGUCACUGGCACCACGUUCCCAAAGGGACUAUCAAGUUCUUCACCGGCAAAGCGUCGACAAUGGGUGGCUUUGUCCAUGUAGAGGCGAAAAAGGAAAAGAUGAUUGUUACUUUUCUCCAAGCAAAAGGCUCUUCUCUCUAUCGUGUUGUCCUUCCCCGGCGAAACUUAUACUAGCCAGUCAUAGGAAAACCUGACUGGUGCAGUUGCAUUUCAUUGAGUCCAGAUUUUAAAUGUUUCACUUGUUUCCAUUAGCCUGAAUUUGAAUUGUUUUACAUGAGGAUGAACUGAAUUUUAAAUGUAGUAAUCUUUAUUGUAUGAAAAAAUGAAUAAAUGUUCUGUUUAUAGA